AUGUGCGUGUGCAGUUGCCUCGGGGAGGACAACUCGAGGUUCAUCCUUCUUUUCGGUCUUCUGACAGUGUACAUGCUCGCUGGCGCUGCACUCUUCCAGCGAUUGGAGGCUGACCUUGAAAUACAACAGGCGGCAGAGUUUUGGCGUGUGUACCAUACAUUUCGGAGGCAUCAUCUGCAAAGUGGACCGGUCGCUCUUCAGAGACUAGACGAACUAUUGUACGCUUAUGGAAACGCUUCGUCCUCCGGCAUCAUCAACAAGAGUCGCCGAUGGGAUUUUCCUGGCAGCUUUCACUUCGUCGGUACCAUCGUUUCCACGAUCGGAUACGGGAACACCGCGCCACAGACGACGGCGGGUAAAGUUGCCGUUAUUAUCUACGGAUUCAUUGGCUGUUCCGGUGGAAUUCUGUUCUUCAAUUUGUUUCUCGAACGAAUCAUCACGUUUCUUGCCUGGAUUUUGCGGAUCAUUCAUGUGCACCGUUUAAGAAAACGUAUUCGGAAGACAUCGCUGACAACACGGCACGGUUCAAAAAAAUUGGAGCGGCAGAGAUCGUCGGUACCGGACGUAUGUGACGAUGAUGACAACGAUAUGGACCUGGAUCAGUGGAAACCGAGCGUUUACUGGGUGAUGCUCUAUCUGUUGUUAUUCUCUUCUACCAUUGUGUGUUGCGUCGCUGCUAUUUAUGCCCCGUUCGAGGAUUGGGAAUACUUCGACGCUCUAUACUUCUGCUUCGUUAGCUUCACGACCAUUGGCUUCGGAGACUUCGUCGCUACGGAAAAAACGCACUAUUCUUAUGUUUAUUGGUACCGUUUCGUUAAUGUUGCGUUCCUUUUGGCCGGUUGCUGUUGCACGUAUUCCCUGUUAAACGUGACAUCGAUCGUGAUAAAACAAGGAUUAAAUUACAUUAUACAGAAGUUACAAUCCGGAGAUCAGGAUAUCAUCGCGCCACAUUUUCCGAGAAGGAAGUCCUCCGUAUCAACGAUGUAUUUCUCGAAGAGGAGGGGCACGAGAAUAGUCGGAAGAGAUUCUAUCAAGGGAGACAUUGCAGAGAUGCCUAGAAGGAUGUCUGGAGAGAUGAUCUCUAUGAAGGAUUUCUUCUCAGCGAACAAAGUCUCCUUGACUGUAAUGCAAAAACAGUUGCACGAAAUGGCUCAGUUGCAAAAAGGAGGUACCUCGAUCGCGACAGUAUCCAACGCGAGUGCACUUAAACCUGACGCGGUUGGUCCUCUAGCUAUCGUCAGCGAAAAGUUUAAAAGUAAAAUUUGCAAAAAUAGAUAA